AGUGUGUAAAGAUGGUUGCGGCUCUAAAGAUGUCCAGUCUGGCUCGAACGAGAAGCUGCUGGUUUUUAUUUCCAAUGUUUCAUUUAAAAAACAUCCGAGCGCUUACAUGUUUGUUUGCUGCCGCGUGUGUGUGGACGAGCCCGUCGCUGGCGGACGAGCAGGAGUUCAUGGAGGACUUUCUGAAGCGGGAGUAUUCUCUGACCAAGCCUUACCGUGGGUUGGGCUUCUCUAGUUCCGCACAGUGGGAUCUGAUGGGCACUGCCAUGGUAACGCCUGACCAUGUGAGGCUGACCCCAGACCUGCAGAGCAGGCAGGGAGCCGUGUGGAGUCGAAUUCCUUUGCUCUUGCGGGAUUGGGAGCUAAAGGUGCACUUUAAAAUCCACGGCCUGGGAAGGAAGAAUAUGAAUGGGGACGGAAUGGCCAUCUGGUUAACCAGAGAUCGCAUGCAGAAUGGUCCUGUGUUUGGUAACAUGAAUCAGUUCACUGGACUUGGUAUAUUUAUGGACACUUACCUCAAUGCAGACAAGACCCACGAUAGGACUUUCCCUUAUGUAUCAGUGAUGCUGGGGAAUGGGACUUUGUCAUAUCAACACGAGCAAGAUGGACGCCGCACUGAACUAGGAGGGUGUACAUCCAUGGUGCGCAAUGCGAUCUUCGACACAUUCGUCCUCAUCAGAUACUCCAAAAACAGACUGACGCUCAUGGUGGAUGCAGAAGGUAAGCAGGAAUGGAAACACUGUGCUGACAUCACAGGGCUGCGGCUACCUACAGGAUACUUCUUUGGAGCCUCCUCUGCCACUGGAGACUUAUCAGAUAACCAUGACCUCAUCUCCAUGAAGCUGUACCAGCUGACAGUAGAGAGGACUCCAGAGGAGGAGAAGGAGCUGGAGGAGGAGGAGGAAGUCAUCAUUCCCAGAGUUGACAACAUGGAACAGUUUCAAGUUGUUAUCCAGGAGGAAGGGAUGAGCAGAGUCCAGUUCUUCUUCACCCUCCUAUUCUCCAUCCUGGGCCUGGGUGUGCUGGCAGUGAUAGGACUGGUGCUUUACGGACGCUGGACAGAAAAGAGACGUAAACGCUUCUAUUGAUCAUGGAGCAAUGAUCCGUAUAGGUUUUCAGAAUGUUUGUUGCUUUAUCAACAUACAUGACAACAAUGCCAAGACUUGCCACAGCUUACUGAAACCAAACAUUCAAAUGAACAAUGAGUGAACAACCUUGUGGGUCUGAAGCCCAGAAACAGAAAUUAGCCGAGAUGUACAGGUGAAGAGAUCAGGGACAGGUAAGCCAGCUGUAGAUUAUUCUUUAAAGCUGCUUUCAGACAUGUAAUGAGCUCUGGAGAUUCUCUGAAAUUUCUCGGGAGGAGGUGAAUGUGUGAAGGCGAUUGUCCGAGUGAGAGCCCCUAGAGUUUCUGUGGUCUUUCUCCGCCUGGCUCAGAGGAGCUAAUGAAUGAAAACAGCUGGAGAUUCCCUAGGAUUCACUACGAGCAAGAGGGG